AUGCAACAGAAGAAAAAAAGUUUUAAUGAUCCCAUGUUUCAUCAACAGUGGUACAUUGUAAGUACCUCUCUUACGUUUAUCUUAUGGGUGAAGUAUUUUUAAUGAAGCUUUAAUUUUUUGCUGGCUUAAUUCUCCUGCUAAAUGUACAUGUACAUGUUGAGUGCCUUUACAUGAGGUUUCUCUAUUAUGUAGUUGUUAGAGGUUAAAAGUGUUAGAAUCACAUGCCUUCUUGAACUUUGGAAUUGCUACUGUUGUUGUUGAAGAUCGCCAUACAGGGAGGAAAGAUUUGUUUACAGUGUUCUUUCCUUUAGUAAUUGCAGUCUUUAAAAACUUUGACUUGUAAAUCAGUGAUAUUUGGAACCAACAAUAAUCACUGUGGGGUCUUGGGAGACCUUACCUGCAUCCAGGCAAAUGUCAGAUUGCUGAACUUCAUGACUACCUGCACAGCAAAGACGUUGCCAUUUACACUAUUACAAUACCAACCACUGAGAAAACUUGCCCUUGUAAAGUUUAUGAAGUCUAUUUCUUAGUUAAAUUGCAUUUACAUUACUCCUAUUAACAGUGUAUACAUUGCCUUAGGAGAGACCUAAAGACUCUUGGGAGCCAACAUACAAUAUCAUGUCUGUUUGGAAAGCAGGUUAUACUGGUAAAGGAGUACUGGUGGCAGUGGUUGAUGAUGGAGUUGAUGGCAGCCAUCCUGAUCUGCAUGAAAACUAUGUAAAUUCUUAGUUAUUUUUAUUUGUGUAUAUCAUUAUUUUGAUUAAAUUACUUCUGACAGUAGAGACUUCCUUCCUUUAUUUACCUUUACUGGAUCAAGCAUUGUACAUCAGAUCUUGCCAUCAGUGAUGGACUUGUUUGCCAGUAUCAGGAUAUUCAACAUGGAUUUUUAAAGUAUGCCAAUCUAUCACUUUUGUAUAUCAACAUUUGUAAAUGACAACUCCAUUUUUACAAUGUGUAUGUAAAUUUGAGUUUACUUACACUAUUUGUAACUAUACUGAUGACAAUAUUGGCAGGAAGUGUUACUGUGUACAUUGUACAUGUAAAUGCCAUGAAGAAGUACCAUACCAGAAACUUACAUUGUUUUAUGAAACUCAUCGCAUGGGCAAAUUAACAUACCUCUUAAGGCCUUGCUCGCAUUCCACAACAUACACUGAUCACAAUAAGCCUCACCUGUGAAAAUGUAAAUUGCAACCGACAGUUGUCAGGUGAUUGUUUAUGAUAACAACUCACAUUGGUUUAUAAAUGCAUUAAUUUGUUAUUGAAACUUUUUAUUCUUUUUGUCUUGCAUGUUUAGAAUUUAUCAGCAAGUUAUGAUUUUGCAAAUAGAAGAGCAGCUUAUUUAAGGAAUAAAGUAAAGGGGUAUGAAAUUAUUCCUGCCUACUUUUGAAUUGUUACUUCACAUGUGAAUGCUAAAAUAUCAAUUACUUGUGAUGAAACUAAAUCAUUAGUGCUAGCAGCAACUCCUUAUUGUAAAUCAAUUUAGUUUCCAUUCUAAAAUGGUCAAUCAUUGGUGCUGAACCUCAAUCUCUUGUGUUUUUACACCAAAUGCCAUUGUAAGGCUCCAAUUAAAAGAGCUAAUUACAAAUUGCUUGUGUUCUGAGGUACACUGUAGAUCGAUGGCACUAAAUACCAAUCAUAGGUUGUGGUGUCAACCGAUUGUGUAAAACAGAAGCAUUUGAGGUUGAGCACUAAUGAUUGAGAUUUUAACACUAGUGAUUGAUAUUUUAGCACUAAUGAUUGAAUUUUAUCACUAGGGAUUGAUAUAUGCAUUUUUGGCACAGAUGGUUCCCCAUAUCUAUCCUUGCGAAAUGGAUUUUGGAAUUCUUAGGAAUUCUUAGGUAUUUUUUCCUAGAAAUUCCUAGGAAUAAGAGGUGUGAAUUGAAAAAAAAAAUCAUACAUAUAUAUAUUUAUAUAUAUUAUAAGCUCAGACAAGGCCUUAGAUGGAAAAGGGCAUUCAAUAAAGUCCACCCAGCCAAAUUCGCCAAUCAGGAAUUUAUCACAAUAACCAUAGGAACAACCACCUAUUCUAAAAAAACUGAGGAAUUUCCAAAAUGUAGAAACUUUUUGAACAUGAGACAUUGUCUCAACUGGAGACGUUUGACCUAAAUGUAUCGAUGGUUUUGGGAAAUUGUAAUAGUUAUGAUUAAUUGGUAACAGGACUUCUCGUCGUCCAAUUCUGUCUGUAAUCAUACCUGUGAUUGACAAAUUGGACUCCCGUUUUGAAGUUGUCCAAUUUUGUCAAUCACUAGUAUGAUAACAGACCAAAUUGGACUCCACUUGGUCCUAUUACCAUUAUUAAUUUGAAAUAAAUAGCUAUUGUUUUUACCUUUGUGUCUGCCUUCUAAAGAAGUCUCUGAAAAGUGCAGCACAGAUAUGUUUUUCUCUAAUUCAGGUAAAACUCUAUUUAUUAAUAUUUAAUGACUUGAUUUUUCAGUAUUAUAACCAGUUGUAGGAUUAUAAAUGCCUUUGUUAUUCUCUGCAGUCACGGUAACAGAUGUGCUGGAAUCAUAGCUGGAGUAGCAAAUAAUAAUCGCUGCGGAGUGGGAUUGGCAUACAAUGCUAAAAUUGCAGGUAAGGCUUAAAAUUUCCACACAAUUAUUUUGCAUAAAUCAUUUGAGUUACGAAUGAGUUCUCUUGAUUGCAUGGUUGGCAUUACAGAUAUACAACCUCUCUUUCAUCAUUCAUACAAUGCUUUGCAUGACAUAGUAGGUAUUUGAAGUCUGAGACUGUCAGACGGAUACCCUUGGAUACUAUUGGUUCAUGGUGUAAUAAGAACACAAAAAUCGUUGUAUCAUGAGUUCAGUAGCCUUUUUAUCUAUGUCCCACGCUCGUGACAAGACGAAAAAUACAUCUUUCUCCAUUUCUUUACCGAGCUCAAAACUUACAAUCUUUAAUUUCUUAUUCUAAGUACAACUUAAAACUUACCAAUUUUCUCAUUUGAAUCUGAAGGUCUGAUGUUCGAUUCCUAACAGGCACUCAGAAUUUUUUCUUUGCCCCACGCUCAUGACAAGACGAUAAAAAUUAGGAUCAUGUUUACUGUAGGCACUCUCGACCGAUAGAUACAUCGACCGAUAUAUCAGUCGAUAUAUCGGUCGACAGUCGAUGGACUGUCGGUCGCCUUUCGAUCGAUACUCGGUCGAUAUAUAUUUACAUAUAUACAGUAUAUAUACAGUGUAUAUAUAUAUACAUACAUACAGUCGGUUGAUAUAUAUAUAUAUAUCGGUUGAUAUGUAUGUCGGCCGAUAUAGCUUUUAGUUCACCGAUACCUCGCCGACAACUCACCGAGUAUCAAUCGAUAGUUGAUCGACACUCGGUCAUGGUCGACAUUCAGUCCAUAGUCAGAUACUUGGCCGAUGGGCCAGCAGAAUUUUAUUUUGAAGCUUAGACACCAGGCUCAAUUAGGUAACCAAGCCUUCUGAUGAUUUGUUAACAAUUAUACACUCACCUCCCCCGACUGGUUGAAGUACGAUUGGAUGGGGACAGGGAAGGGAACAUUUUUGUUACUUGCCCGAGAAAAAACAAAUGGGAAGUUAUCUAUUAACCCUAUUUUUUUUUUUUUUUUUUAAUUUUCGCGGGAGAGAAUAUUACCUUAUUUCGCUGCGCUCCGUUCAAAUACGAAUCUUCUGCCUUUGGCUAAAAUAUGCUUUCUUCGUGAAUUUUACACACUAUUCACGGUCAAAUGGAACCAAAGGGAAUUUCAAACCUAGGAAAUACUUGCUUCUGAAUAGUGUCUUACCUCUGCUCUCGGUGACAUGUUUUUCCGAAGGACUCGCUAGAUUGCAGCACAAUCGCAAGAAGUGCACCUCGACGAGUACAGGUCUUGAAAAUGUAUUCAAUGUUAAAAGAAAUCCUACCAGGCAAACAAAAUUAACCUUUCGGUGAACUGUGUAAUUGAACCAAGUACUUUUUUUUAACGGACCACAAAAUUCGUCGUAGGUGUCGUAAUCCGCUUUUUCUUCUUGACAUUAAGCUUAUUUCGACUUAAUAAAGCAAUUGGUAUCAAUCACAUGAAAAUACGUAUUUGGCAACUUGAUAACCUUGUUAGAACGUCAUAGGAAGUUGUACCUUUAAAGAAGCUACGAGUAAAAUCUGUAAAGCCUUUUCACUGUUUACAGUGGUAAAUUUAUAUUAACCGUGGAAGCUUUGCACGUCUUAGUUAUUUGCUUGAUUAUUUUUUUGACGCUGUUGUGUUGAGCAUCCAUCUGAAGUGUGCGCGUAUGAGUGCUCAGGGUGCAAAGAGUGAAAACGGUACGCAAACCUAAUAAUUUCGACCCCUCCACCCCCAAAGCAGCUACAUGUAUACAAUAUAGGGCCUUUUUUAAAGUCCUCACUGUUUAAUGCCUCAAGGCUUGCUGGUUUGGCAGUCAGUGGAAAAGUAAUGAAAGAAAUACAUUCAGUUGGAUUUAAGUGAUUAUAAUUAAGAUUUAAAUAUCAAUUCCAACUGAGCAAUGACUCAGGAUACAGAAAACAAGACAUUGAUUGCAUUAUAUUAGGUGGCGUGAUCCAAAUGAGCCAAGAAAGCUUUUUUUUUUUGUUUUGUACCUAAUUAUAAAAAAGCCCCAUAUUCUGUAAUUGUAAAUCAUAAAGUGAAAUUCAGUACUGGAGCUAUAUUCAGUAGACUUUACUGCAGUUUUCAACACCACCUUGAUGGGUUGGUGGGCAGGCAUGACCUUGCAGUAUUUGUAUGAGAAUCCAAUGUCAAAUAAUCUUUGUGAAUUAUAUUAGGUGGCUUGAUGCAAAUGAGCCAAGAAAGCAUUUUUUUUUUCGUUUGGUACCUAAUCAUAAAAAGCCCCAUAUUCUGUAGUAGUAAGUCAUGGAGUGAAAUUCAGUACUUUAACUAUAUUCAAGAGACCUUACUGCAGUUUUCAACGCCACCUUGAUGGGUUGGUGGGCAGGUGUGACCUUGCAGUAUUUGUAUAAGAAUUCAAUGUCAAAUAAUUUUGUGAAAAUUCUGUUAUGAUAAAAAUAUCGGUAAUAUGGCAAACGUAAGUAACAGUUGUACACGUUACAGGAAAUGGAUUCCUCUGUAAAAAAAUUUUCUUCCUGCAGACUAAAAUUUCCUGAAAAAAAUAACAAACAAUGCAUGGAAAAUCUAUUAAAAACUACAGGGCAAAUUCAAGGACAGGUACAGCCAUAGCCUUUAUGAAGUAAGCAUCCCUACCACUCCCAAAAUGCAUUAUCAGUUGCCUUAGAUGUCCAGGCAGUCCAGUGAACAAUUUAAACAUUAGCUCAGUUUUCUUACCACGCUUUCUGAUUUUUAUCCGUGAUUUAGUUGAUUUGGGUUUCGACCUCAUCAACUAUCUGGCGGUAGAAAUCUCGAGCUCAAAAUCUAAUUGUUAGGGAGGAUUUACUGUGUUGAAAUCUCAAACACUGAUUAAUUUCUUUUCCUCCUUUGUACUCAGGUAUUCGCCUCUUUAAUGAUGAAGGAAAGACAACUGAUGCAACCGAGGCCAGCGCAUUAGUUCAUGAACUAGGAAGCGUUGACAUUUACUCCAACAGUUGGGGGCCUGGUAACUGGGGUAUAGAAAUCGAGGGUCCAGGGCCCUUGACUACAGCGGCUCUUAAACAUGGCGUGGAGAAGGUGCAGUUUGAUACUAUCAUCUACUUCAUGUAUUUUUUCAACAUGAUAUGUGUACUUUUGUGAGAAGUUACUUGUUGCCAGCUUUGGAAAAAGAUAAGAUAAAUUCGAGUCUCCGCGGGAAAUCGAACCGCUGAACUGCAGAUAACCUGCAAUCAGAAGUUCCUUUACAGUAGAACGCAAUAGUACCGCAGCACGAGGGUUGGCGCUUGGGAUAGCGAGGGAAGUGAGGGAAAAAGAACGCCGCUCGUUUUUCUUUGUUAAUCAGUGGGAUCAAUGGAGCAUGCUCUGUUUAAUAUAAUGCAUUACCUUCUUUGAUGUUUAUAAUUAAUAUAAUUAAAUUGAACGGCACUCCAUGGCCGCAUGGAAUAAAAAUUAUUUCUUCCCGAUUAUACAACAACUAGCAUGAUUUUUCUUUGGUUGACAUUCAGGUCCAAAUUUCCACAUUCAAAAAGCGUAGCCUGCGUUACUUAAUUUCAGUCACAGUUAGUUGAGAGUCGCUUUUCUUUUUAAGGGUCGUGAUGGCCUGGGUGCCAUCUACACGUUUGCAGUGGGAAAUGGCGGCGAGAGAGACAGCUGUGCAUACAAUGGUUAUGUGAAUAGUAUUUACACGAUCGCUAUUAACGGUGUGAACAAAAAUGGCGCCAAACCAACGUACGCUGAGGAAUGCGCUGGAAUCUUGGCCACCACCUAUAGUAGGGAGACAGGAAAUCAAUCAGCAAGCAUCGUAAGGACAGAAUUUUUGACAGCUUUUUUAACAUUUUUUAAACAACACAACUGUGCUUAGCUGUAUCCGAUUUUGCUCGACUGCGUGGAUACUUUCGCUAAAAUCGUCAGCAAAGUCCCCUUACUUGUAUUUUUUCAUACCAAGGUAACCGUUGAUGAAAAAGCAGGAUGUGUAAAAGAUUUUGGAGACACGUCAGCUGCUAACGCCAUGGCCUCAGGACUGAUUGCUCUGACUUUGCAGGCAAAGUAAGGCUUUUUUCUCGUUUGAAGCUUUAUUUCAUACAAACUGAGAUUUACACGGUGAAGUACUAUCGUGUUACAACUAUAUAUGAGGGGUGUAAGUCAUUCUCGCUAGAUUUACUUUCGUCUGCGGAUUUAAUUGCAUCACGUGAACCUGUACCGUUUACACACGUGAGGCAGGUGAUAUUCACAUUUGUUUAAUAAAAAAAGGGAUUUCGGGGAAAUUAAGGUUUUCAUGCCUUGUAUUUCAUUUGGAUUGGUGUCCUCCUAGUUUAUUGUAGAUUUUAUGUCAAAGCUGCAAUUACGGAGUAAAACUGCGUUUUAUUAACAAAAAUGUUUCCCUUUCAGCCCCAGAUUAACCUGGCGUGACGUACAACAUAUCAUAGUUCGCAGUGCAAGACGCGAGCCACUCAAGCAAGGAGAUUGGAUGAAGAACGCAGCGAAUUUGUCUUUCAGCACUUACCAUGGGUUUGGGCUCAUGGACGUUAGCAGAAUGGUCAGCCUAGCAAAGAACUGGAAAAUGGUAACUCCGCAGGUGAAAUGCGAAAUUAAAGGCACAGAUAGAAACAAGUAAGUUAGUUUAACUGCAGUUAAAUGCAAUUUAACGGAGUUGACAACAAAGAGCAAUCAGCGUUCUCAAGUAGUCAGUGUCUUUUUGCAUAUGCGCAUGCGUCGGAAUUCCAUGUGCUCUUCGUUUGAGGCGUUCUUGCGUGUGCUUUGCAGCGUUGUGAGGAGUUGCAGCUCGUCGUCCAGGUAGUUUUCCCCACCCCUUCCCUCCCUAUUUCCACUGUUUAUUCAUUGUGACGAGCGCCUGUUUCCCCUUCCUGUCUGGGGGCUCAUGGCUGUGUUGCCAGGAUUUGCCAGCCAUGGGAGAAGUCUCCAUGUAGGAGCUGGCUGCCAAUAGUGAAAGCUCCUGGAUGUCUUAGGCACCCAACCUUUACUUAGCGAUGCAAUUGUACAUUGUGAAAUAAUAAACUUCAUUGGGAAUGACGUCUAACGUGUCCAUCAUCUUUUUCCCUAGUCCAAGGGUUUAUAACGUACUAUUGGGUGUUUUGUUAAUUUGUCUUUAUUUGUAAAUUAUUUUUCUCUCUGAAGGACUAACAUUAAGUACCAUCGUUUUCGCUUUCAGGCAUAUCCCAAGUAAAGUUUCAGGAACAGUGAGAAACUGUCCUAUAAAAUUCCUGGAACACGUCCAGAUAAAAGUGGAUCUUGAUUUUCAUUACCGAGGAGACUUGUCUCUAAAGUUGAAGGCUCCAAGUGGUACAUUAUCUCCAUUGACAAAAUAUCGUUACUUUGAUCAAUUUGAGGAGACGAAAAACUUAACGGACUGGGUGAUAACAACCCUUUUUCACUGGGGAGAAAGUCCCAUGGGGACUUGGGAGCUUGAAAUUUCAGAUUUGGACCAAAGAAAAUACAAAAGUACAGGUGAGUACUGAAACUACCUCUUUGCAAUCCUAUCUUAGUUUAUAACCCAUCAGUUAUUUUUGAUUGCGCGCGAUUGGUCUAAACACACCACGUGACCAAAUUUGCCCCACUAAAACUGGGAAAUAUUCGAUGAUAUUCCCUAAGUGAUAUUCCCCAAUUAUCAAACCUAGCAUCCGAUACGGAAAAAUCUUCGUUUAAUAUUUAUUUCAAGAUGAGAGAGCGUCGUGUGAUUGUUAUAAAAGAGGGGACAUGUUUUUUUUUUGUUUUUUUUUUUUCACAAAGAAGUACCAGAUAAAACUUCAAAGGGAACAUCCCACGCCGUAAACAGUAAGCUGUUGGUAAAUAUUUCCUCCUGUGCGUUAUAAAAUAAUUGAAGUAUGUUCAACGUAAUUCGGCGCGAAAAUAUGCUCGUACAUGUAUAUUUGUCCGUCGACAUUAUUUUUGCAUCUUGUUUACAUUCUGCCAGCCAAUGACAUCUCUGCCCCUCUAAUUUGAAGGAGCAGAAUAAUUAUGCACAGCAUCAUUUUCUGUUUAAAAUAAGAUCAGCCGCAAUCACCUGCUUUCGAAGAAAAACGCGUGAUCAACUCUUCCGGCAACUGCUCAGAGGUCAUUUCAUCCUUUUUUCGUAAAGUUUUAACCAUGCACUCGCAUUCCCUUUCAAGUGCAGAAAAAGUCCUAACGCUAAAUUGUCCUCAUCCCAGCCGUUUAACCGACCAAUUAUCAUUUAACUACUGACAAACUCGUGUAAGUCUUCGUACUUGUCACGCCUAAAGACUGGACAAGUGACUUAAGAUCAAGGGCCGACAUUUUCUGCAGAAAGAGACGUUUGCAUUCUUUCCAAUGCAAGUUAAAACAAUUAUCAAUCGAAUAUUCACGUGAAUUCUCAUGGCUGGACUGGCCUGACUGACAUACAUCAGGCAAAAUAUUUCGGAAAUAAUUUUUUUCUUCAGAAUCUGAGCUUUGAUCACCGGCGCAUAAAGAAAGUGAGGACUUUCUUUCUGCUUCGGUUGGGUUUGAGCUUUUGCUUUUAGGAACUCAAUUGACUUCAGAAAAACGUAAAACAAGGGUCCUUUAGACCGUGAAACUGGAGGAAGCUAGACUGAGCUUAGUUUAACUCUUUGUUCAGUAAUGAAAUACGUUUUACGUUCAAGGCACGCUUUAUAGCUGGUCUUUGAUUUUGUAUGGAACGAAAGACGCCAUUCCGGUUCCGACGAUCCCCGAAAGCCGCACAAUCAAACCAACAGGAACGGCUUUUUCCACCACACAACAUCCUCCUACGGAUGACGAAGACGGUAAUUUAAUUUAG